AUGCGCCAAGGCGGGAAAACGAUAAUUUUCUGUGCAGCGGGUGUGAGUCGAUCGGCCGCUCUAUGUCUUGCCUAUUUGGUGAAAGGUGAAGGGUUCACACUCAAGGACGCAUAUCAUCAUCUCAAUCAGCGCCGUCCAAUCGUUUCACCGAAUGUCGGCUUCUGGCGUCAAUUGAUCGACUAUGAGAAAGAGGCGAAAGGGGAUUCAACCGUCAACUUGAUCACUGGCCAGUUUUCAAUAAAAUCCACGAAAACCUGCAGAAUGGCUCGUCCGGUGCCGGAUGUCUACUUGCAUCGAACCCUCAAAACU